GUCAGAUGAAGCAAUUAAAUGUAGCCAGUUUAUCUAUAAGAGAAGAAGUAAUGUCAGUUGGGGGCCAGCAGGGGGAACUACUAAACAGGGCACAUAACUCCUUGAGAUCAGGUGGAGAGAUCCACUUCUUCUCAGGAGGAAAUCCAGGAAGAGGAAGUAUUUAAGUGUGGGAGUGGCCUAUUUGAAUCCAUUUUGUUUGAGGCCAUGCGGCAAGCCUACGUCCCUGUGCGUGUGUUCACCGCAUUACACAAUAACACACACACACACACACACACACACACAACUGUAGCCUAAUAUCUCCACCCACGAGGAAUUAGGCGCUUGUUUCAGAGAGAAGCGGCGCUCAUUUGCCUCCAGAGGAAGCUUGUGACAGGUGGAGCUGAGGACACUUGGCCGUGGAUUUAGGUCUAUUCAGGAAGAGUUGGAGCAACAAUAUCAUCAACAGUGACUGAAUCUGUGAUCCAGAAGUCAGCACCGAUCUCUAACAUGGAUGAGCUUUACAGAGCUACUAUCUUCAUCUUUCUGCUGCUGCGUGCUGCUGAACUCAUUCAGUGCUUUCCAGUCACAGCAAGUCAAGGUGGGAACCAAUCUGUGCAGGUGUUUUUCUGCAAGGAUCCAGGGUGUGCUGCGAAUGUGACUCACAUAUUUUGCAGCGACAAGAGUGUAAACUUCAGUCAUACUCACAUCACAGAGUGUUCAGGCCCUCCACCCCCCAAUAAUGUCUGCCAGCAUGACGGUCGGGCCUUCGUUUCCAAAGAUACAGCUGGUUCCUGUGACUUUGAAGGUAGCAUGGGUUAUAUUGACACCAAAAAAUGUACAGACCAAAACAACAUUUGUGCAUUUAUCAGUGCUACCACACCAUCACCAGUCACCACAGAGGGGACACCAAAGGACCAUGCAAAACAUGAACACACUGUCGGUGGAGUUGUUGGUGGUUUACUGCUGCUAAUAGCACUCGCAUGUGUGAUUGUAUAUUACUUUAUAAGAAGAAACAAAAACAAAAACAACCGCCAGCAAGGGACCCUGGUGUAAAUAUACCCCUGGGAGAGCAGCAGGACCCAGAGAAACCAGUGAGAGAUAUAAUCGUGGUGACCCUGGACCAGAUGAUGGCAGCUCUCCUCAACGUGAAGCUUAAACUCCUGUAGCCUCAUUUCUCUUCUUUUCUGUUUGUGUUUGUCUGUUCUACUGGCCUGAUCAUCAUGAAUCUUUGUGGACAUGUGUAUGUGUGUACAAACUUUUGACAUGUUAAAGUCUUUUUUUUGGGAGCUUUUCCUUUUCCCUGUGAGGGUCCAAGGGCAGUGGGAUGUCUUAUGCUGUAAACCCCCCUGAGGCCAAUUGUGAUUUGUGGUACUGUGUGUUUAUUCCAGUGCUACUGAUUAAAUCCUUAAAAUU